GUUGGCUAUAGUGGUGCAAGUGCCGCUGCUGUCGCCAUCCAUAUGUGCAUUUGCUCGUCAGAAGAUUCGUGAUCCUUCUGCAACCUUGCUGCAGCCGUUGCUCACGAGGAGUUGCAUUGAUACUAGUUGCAGUCUACGACCUUGCAGCCGCCGCCAAACACUUGCCACCAUGCGGCUGCUGUUGACACUGACCACUGCGCACGCCUUACUGCACAGCGUCAAACUCGGCGGCCCGUCGCCGGCGGCCUGGUUCCAGGACACCCUUGGCAUCGGUACCGACGGCGACGCGGUCUGCUUCGACGACGGCUUUCGUCUGCGCUUCGACGCGGCCGCGGAGCCCACGCCUUGCAAGCUCGGCUGCCUCGGCGUCGGCGUCGAGCUCCCGACCGCCGAGGCCCUGGCCAAGGCCGGCGGCGACGCUGAGCGGCGCGAGCUCACGGCUUCGUCCCUGCCGGAUGAGGACGCUGAGAAGACCGAAACGCUCUGGGACGUCGCCGCGCUCGAUGAUCCGCAGAGCCGGAGGGUCUGGGCCGGCUUCGCCGCCAGCAAGGACGCGCCGGCGCCGGCCCAGCCGGCCGCGAAGGUCGUCCUCAAGGUGAAGGACCUGCCGGCAGCGAUCGAGUUCUACACGACGGGCCUCGGCAUGACGCUGCUGCGGCAGCGGGCGCUCGUGCCCGACGAGGCCGCGCUUGCGGCCUACGUCGGCUUCUCCGACGACGACGCGGGCCCCGAGUCCGGCGCCUCGGGCGCGGCGCGGCUCGAGCUGCGCUACGUCUAUGGCUCGGAGAAGGUCGAGCCCGACGCCGAGAUCAACGUCGUGUCCGACCCGGCGUCGUGCGCGAUCCGCGCCGGCAUCACGGGCGGCACGGUCGUCAGCCAGGGGGACGUGUGCCUGCUCACGGACCCGGACGGCUACGCGGUCCGCGUCGCCGCGGACGCGUCGCUGUUGUAAGUAUCAUCCAAGGC